GUUUGAAGUAAACACAAGUUUGUUUGACAUUGAUCACAUUCAUUUGCGUUAAAUAUGGCUUCAAUGCCUUUAAAUUCGUUGAAGCAAUUGGUGAAAGCAAUGUUGGACACUCCGGGCUUUGACAGAGUACUUAGCAAGGUGAACAUUUUGUCUGCAAGCCCAGGUAAGCUGGUGUGUGAAAUGCGGGUAGAGGAGGAACACACUAACCGUGGAGGGACGCUGCACGGCGGGUUGACAGCCACCCUGGUUGACGUCAUCUCCACGGUGGCGAUCCUGAACACGGAGAGAGCUGCACCCGGAGUCAGCGUGGAUAUGAACAUAACGUAUAUGAGCGCUGCCAAGAUUGGAGAAGACGUACUGAUCACUGCUCAGGUUCUGAAGCAAGGACGGACACUGGCGUUUGCGUCUGUAGACCUCACCAACAAGGCCACUGGAAAGAUCAUAGCACAAGGAAGACACACCAAACACCUCGGCAGCAGCUAAACCGUCUGUGCCUUUCUGUGAAUCACAUCAUGAAUGUGUACUGUAAUAACAAAGGAAUUACCUCUGCCUGUAAAUAGAAAAACUCCUGCUUCUGAACAAAUCUGUCAUCAGUGCUACAAGCCUCUCUUUGGUUGUUUAGUUCAUGUUGCCACGGUUACAUAUUUGUCAAGUUAAAGAGAAACUAACAGCAGUAUUGUAAGUCACUCCUGACCAUAACAGUGGUACUGUUUCACGCACAUGUAAUAAAAAUAAAUGGACAAGA